GCAGGUGCCCUCCAGACCAGACUGUGGGAUGGCGGGAAGACACCUGAGCCUGCUCAGGCCCUUUCGGAUGAAGAAGAGGAAGAAGAAGAAGAAGGAAGGUCCUGAGGCUGCCCCUGCACAGCAGCCUGAGAAGAUGGAGCAGUUGCAUCCCCUGCAGGAGGAUCCAGGCCGGGACCGGACACAGGAGCAGGACCGUGGCCGUGGUCGCUUCCGCAGAUCUGAUCAGGCCUUUCUGAAAUUCGUGGGCAUUCAGCGUAGAAAGACCAGGACCUCACCAACUGAGGUCAUGGCACAGCCUGACACCAGGCUGACCAAGCUGAUGGCAAAGUCUGAUGUCGGCACUGCACCAACUGAUCGCACAACGAAGUCCGACCCCGUGUUGAAUGAUCACACAAGAAACUCUGACACCACACCGAUUGAUCAGAGAAUGGAGUUUGACACUUCUUUGACUGAUGAUACAACAGACACUUACAGCCCAUCGGUUGAUCGCAUGGCAGUCUCUGACAUGACCGAUGAUCUGACAAACUCUGACACUGCACUGCCUGAUCUCACUGCGGAGGCCGAAGCUGCAACAACUGAAGGCAUCACAGACACUGACCCUACACCCAGUGACAGAAUGAUUGAUUCUCCCAACUGGGAUUUUUUUGAGGAGAAUGGUGUCUCCAGCUCAAAGCAAGUGCCCUCAAGGCCCGACUGUGGGAUGGCAGAGAGAAGCCUAAGCCUGUGCGGGAGGAAGAAGGAGGGCCCUGGGGCUGCUCCAGUACAGCAGCCUAAAGAGGUGCAGCAGUCCCAGCCUCUGCAGGAGGAUCCAGGCCGAGAUAGGACAGAAGAGCAGGACCGUGCCCGUGGCUGCUGGCGCUUUAUAGGCCAGAUGUUUAGGGACUUCAGAGGCACGGCGAAGGCUGAUGUCAGCAUCAGGCCAACUGAGCGCAUGGCAAACACUGACAGCACACCCACUCAGAGUCUGGCUGAUGCUCCUGGUCUAGACUCUUCUGAGGAGAGAGUUGUCUCUGCAAAAGUGCAGGCCUUCAUGAAGAACAUGCAUCAGAGACUCACAGCCAACACGUUCCCAGAGAACAGACUGUUCAUGGACAUACUGAGGCUGACUGAUACAUACCCCGCUGAUGUCGCAUUGACCCUCCUGCGCUGUUCCCCAUCAUGUGACAGAGCUGCUGCUAUCAUGUGGAGGACCAUAGCCUUGUCUGAAACAACAGUGGUGAGGGUGCUGCCAACACUGCUCUCUGUGAUGGAGGACUGGCCACAGCACAGCGUGUCCACCUCCAAUGAGGACAACAAGGACAUCUUUGCCCUGGCUGCAACCAGAGUGGUUUGGGAAAUUCUCCAGAUGAUCCAGUGCCCAGAGCCAUUGAUGGAACAUUCCCCCCGUCUCCUUGUGGAUCUGCUCUUCCAAGUCUUCAUCAGCACAGAGCAGAUGCCAGAAGAGGUUGACACCUUCUGGAGGAGAUGCUGGGAGGAACACCGCCUUGCCAGGAACCCCAACAGGUUUGCAGUGCUGACUAUGAAGACCCUGCUCUGCCGUCUGCAGUUUGAAAAUAUUGUGAUGGCAAUGGAACGGAAGCAUGGUUGGGACACACUCCUCAACUCUGACACCCACCACUAUGCA